AUGUCUCAAGCUGGCACGUCCCAGUUUCAAGAAGUCAUUCGACAAGAACUGGAAUAUUUAAUGAAAGUUGAACUUGAGAAAAUACUUGCAACUGCACCUGAGAAUGAGCUAGAGCACACUAAAAAAGACCUUGAAGGGUUUAAGAAGCUAUUCCACAGAUUCUUGCAAGAAAAGGGACCUUCUGUGAACUGGGAGAAAAUUCAGAGACCUCCAGAAGACUCUAUUCAGCCCUAUGAGAAGAUAAGGGCCAGGGGGUUGCCUGUUAACAUCACCUCAGUCUUGAACAAACUGGUUGUAGUGAAACUAAAUGGUGGCUUGGGCACUAGCAUGGGCUGUAAAGGCCCCAAAAGUCUUAUCGGCGUGCGGAAUGAAAACACCUUCUUGGACCUGACAGUUCAGCAGAUUGAGCAUCUAAACAAAACCUACAACACAGAUGUUCCUCUUGUUCUAAUGAACUCCUUUAACACUGAUGAAGACACAAAGAAAAUCUUGCAGAAGUACAGCCACAGUCGUGUGAAAAUAUAUACUUUUAAUCAAAGCAGGUAUCCUAGAAUUAAUAAAGAGUCUCUACUGCCAAUAGCCAAGGACGUAUCUUAUUCAGGAGAGAAUACUGAGGCGUGGUAUCCCCCAGGUCACGGCGAUAUCUACUCCAGUUUCUAUAACUCUGGUCUGCUUGACACACUUAUAGGAGAGGGGAAAGAGUACAUUUUUGUGUCCAAUAUAGAUAACUUGGGAGCAACUGUGGAUCUUUACAUUCUUAACCAUCUUAUGAAUCCACCAAAUGGAAAAUGUUGUGAAUUUGUCAUGGAGGUCACAAAUAAAACCCGGGCAGAUGUUAAGGGUGGUACACUCACGCAAUAUGAUAACAAACUGAGACUGGUAGAAAUAGCUCAGGUUCCAAAAGCACAUGUUGAUGAAUUCAAGUCUGUGUCAAAAUUCAAAAUAUUCAAUACAAACAACUUGUGGAUUUCUUUGCCUGCAAUUAAACGACUGCAAGAGCAAAACGCUAUUGAUAUGGAGAUCAUCGUUAAUCCAAAGACUUUGGAUGGAGGUUUAAAUGUUAUUCAGCUGGAGACUGCAGUUGGUGCUGCUGUUAAAAGUUUUGAGAAUUCUUUGGGGAUAAAUGUACCUCGUAGUCGUUUUCUGCCUGUCAAGACCACAUCAGAUCUCUUGCUUGUGAUGUCCAACCUGUAUAGCCUUAAUGCUGGAUCCUUAACUAUGAGUGAGAAACGUGAAUUUCCAACUGUACCUCUGGUCAAACUGGGAAGCUCUUUCACCAAGGUUCAAGAUUACCUGAGUAGGUUUGAAAGUAUACCAGAUAUGCUUGAACUGGAUCAUCUCACGGUUUCGGGUGAUGUUACAUUUGGCAAGAAUGUUGCAUUAAAGGGAACAGUUAUCAUCAUUGCAAACCACGGUGACCGGAUUGACAUCCCGCCUGGGGCAGUAUUAGAGAACAAAAUUGUAUCUGGCAAUCUUAGGAUCCUGGACCACUGAGUCAAUGUUCAGUUUGUAGAUCCUGUUAAAACAACUUUAUGAUGGAAGAACUUGUAGGCAUUAAAAUAAGUGGCACACAAGGCCUACAUUUUGUCACCUACUCACUGUACCCUGCAGUAUUAAUUGUAAAUAGCUUUCCGUGCUUCUCUUUAACUGAACACAGUGCAAAGGAUGUGCAGCAGUAAUGCUUUCGUCUUUUCGAGGAGUCUGUAACUCAGUUAAUAUAACCUUAAAGUGCAAUACUGUUGGUCUUGAGACAAGAUGGACAGAACUUCUCUAUAAGAAGUUAAGAGGUUUGCCUCUGAUAGUCAAUAGUUUAUUUUUGCAGGUACAAGCAAUUCAAAAGCUGUGAAGCAACAGAUGGUUAGCUCCUUCAUGUAAUUUUUUUAUGAAGUGUAAAUGACAGGUAUGAUGAUUAAAUGUUUCACUACUGCUACUAAGUGAAAUAGAAUGUUAGAAAUUCUGUUUGUGUUCACAAAUCAUACUUAACCUAGUCACUUCACACCACGUAAGUUAAUAGUUAAGCUAUACUGUCAUAUCACAAAUGUAUUCCUAACAAACACUGAGGGGUAAGGUUGUCAUUAUGAUCUUGUGCUCAAGCUGGAAUAAAGUAUUCUAAAUUUACCCAAAGAAUCUAAUUUUUUAAAAUGCAGCUAGUGUAUGUUUUCUGGUGCAUUCUUAAUCUGCCCCCCUUUGCAGUAAGAUGGAAAAAUCACAUGUUGACUGUACUUAUGCUAAUGUUGUUCAAUCAUGGUGUCCUAAAUAAGGAUCAGUUCCCUGUCCUGAUGUUCAUUCUUUCAAUUCUAUAGUAUUUACCUGUAAAACUUAUUUUUUAUGUUUAGUAUAAGACUGAUAUGUAUCAUUAAAAAAGUU